ACCACGACCAUCGCCACCGUUGCACACUCCUCCACGAUGCCGUGAACCAACAACCACCACAACAUGUCGAGAGAGACUCAAGAUUCCCCGCCGCACACGACCGCCACCACGUCCUCGUCCUACGCGCCCAAGCUGCGCAAGAUUCCACCGAUUCCGAUUCGUCGAUCUAACAUGGAAAUCGAAUCGGACGAAAGCGCUAGCGAUUACGAAGAUGAUCAGGAAUUUGAAUCAGAACAGCGCAUUGAAGGUUCGUCGAUGAUUCUCGCGUCUUCUCUGGGAUUGAAUCAUAUUAGGACGAGAUCCGCUCCAGCGCCAUCUCCCCUCAGGUUCUCGUCCUCCGUUAGGACGCCGUCCAAUCACGGGAAUGGCGAUGCUGAUAUUCCAAACGCCGGGAAAUAUAAGGAGAAGGCUGGAGCUGGGAUUGAAGCCAGGCCGAAGCGGUCCACUCUUAUGGAACAAGGGAAAAAGGUUCCUUGGAGUCAAUCAAAAUCGCUAAGAGCCCCAUCACCACUCAACCCGGCAUUGGAGAGUAAUCAUGCUGCUUUUGCCAAGGAAAUGCAAUCUCCACGUUUCCAGGCGAUUCUGCGUGUGACCAGUGGCAGGAAGAAGAAAGCGCCAGAUAUCAAGAGCUUCUCUCAUGAGCUCAAUUCCAAAGGUGUACGGGCUUUUCCUUUUUGGAAGUCUCGUGCACUUGGACACAUGGAGGAGAUUAUGGUGGCAAUCAGGACUAAGUUUGACAGAUUAAAGGAAGAAGUGAACUCUGAUCUUGGUAUCUUUGCUGGAGAUUUGGUCGGUAUGCUUGAAAAGACUUUGGAUUCUCAUCCUGAAUGGAAAGAGAGUUUAGAGGAUUUGCUGAUUGUAGCUAGGUACUGUGCAAAAAUGUCAACUGGUGAAUUCUGGGUGAAAUGUGAAGGCAUUGUUCAGAAUUUAGAUGAUAGACGACAAGAACUGCCAAUGGGGAUUCUUAGACAAGCACAUACUCGCCUGCUUUUUAUCCUCACCAGGUGCUCACGGCUUGUGCAGUUCCAGAAAGAGAAUGGUUAUGAAGAACAUAUUCUGGGCCUUCACCAGCUUAGUGAUCUUGGAGUUUAUCCAGAACAGAUGUUAGAACAACUUGCACAGCAGGAUAUUAGUGCCCCAUUGACUGGUGGUAAGGAAGUCAAUGAGAAGCAGAAGAAGAAGUUGCAGGAGCAGGAAAGAAGCAGUCUGAAGUUGAAACAUGAUCAAAUAGAUCAACAUUUAAACAGUGCCAGUGAUGGUGUUGAGGUUGGCACUGCCAAAAGUGUAGAUUCAACCACAAGCAGCUAUAGGAUGUCUUCUUGGAAGAAACUUCCAUCUGCUGCUGAAAAGAACCGUAAAGGCAAUGAUUUUGUUGAUACAUUGUCAAAGGAUAGAUCAGACCUCUUGCAAACAAAAGAUGAAACAACCAGUUCUGAAAAUCUGGAAACUCCAUCAGGCCAUCAUAUAUCUUCAGGAGCAAGAAAAGUUUCUUGGCCAUUUUGGGGUGAUAAUCAAAAUGUAACAUAUGAUAAUUCAAUGAUCUGUCGUAUUUGUGAGGUUGAGAUACCAAUGAUACAUGUAGAAGAGCACUCUCGAAUAUGUACCAUUGCUGAUAGAUGUGACUUGAAAGGCUUAACUGUAAAUGAACGGCUUGAAAGAGUUGCAGAGACUCUUGAAAGAAUCCUAGAAUCUUGGUCACCAAAAAGCACAAGCACUGAUACUCCAAGGGAAAGUUUUGAGGCUACAAGAGUUUCUGCAUCAAUUAUGCAUGAAACUUUGGAUUUGUCCCCGAAGCAUAACACUUUUCCACUACGAUGCUCCGAGGACAUGCUUGACUGUGUUCCUGACACUGAUAAUACUUUUGUCAUGGAUGAUCUGACUGUCCUCCAUGAUGUAUCAUGUGAAACACAUGGCCAUCCAAACACACCUGAUAUAUGCACAAAAACUUCAUCAGCAGGAAGCUUGACACCACGGUCUCCUUUAUUAACUCCACGAGCUAGCCAGAUUGAACUGCUGUUAAGUGGACGAAGAAGAAUAACAGAGCUUGAAAAUCACCGGCAGAUACACAAGUUGGUAGACAUUGCUCGCUCAGUUGCAAAUGUAAAUGAUUGUGACUAUGGUACAUUGGAGUAUAUGCUUGACUGCCUCGACGACCUGAAAUAUGCCAUCCAAGAUAGAAAAGCAGAUGGCCUCGUUGUGGAAACUUUUGGAAGACGUAUAGAGAAGCUAUUGCAAGAAAAAUAUGUACACCUCUGUGGACAGAUAGAGGAUGAAAAAGUUGAUUCAUCUAAUGGUAUGGCUGAUGAAGAGAGUUCAAUUGAAGAUGACACAGUACGUAGUCUACGUGCAAGCCCCAUCAAUCCAUGUUCCAAGGAUAGAACAUCUAUAGAAGAUUUUGAAAUAAUAAAACCAAUCAGCCGAGGAGCAUUUGGACGAGUUUUUCUUGCUAGGAAAAGAGCAACUGGUGACUUAUUUGCUAUAAAGGUUCUGAAGAAGGCUGAUAUGAUUCGUAAAAAUGCAGUUGAAAGUAUUUUGGCUGAGCGCAACAUCCUGAUAUCAGUUCGCAAUCCUUUUGUGGUCCGAUUUUUCUACUCCUUUACAUGCAGAGAAAAUCUUUACUUGGUCAUGGAGUACUUAAAUGGUGGAGAUCUCUUCUCUUUAUUGAGAACCCUAGGCUGCUUGGAUGAAGACAUGGCCCGUGUAUAUAUUGCAGAACUUGUUCUUGCUUUGGAGUAUUUGCAUUCUUUAAAUGUCAUCCAUAGAGACUUGAAGCCAGACAACUUGUUGAUUGGUCAAGAUGGUCACAUCAAGUUGACGGAUUUUGGGCUCUCAAGAGUUGGCCUUAUCAACAGCACAGAGGACUUAUCGUCUCUUGGCAGCAAUGUAUUUCUUGGAGAAGAUGAACCAAAAACUCAAAACUCUAUGGAGAGAGAACAGCGACGAAAGCAUUCAGUUGUUGGCACUCCUGACUAUUUAGCCCCUGAAAUACUUCUUGGCAUGGGACAUGGUGCAACUGCUGAUUGGUGGUCUGUGGGUGUCAUUCUUUAUGAACUACUUGUAGGCAUCCCUCCAUUCAAUGCUGAAACCCCUCAGGAUAUUUUUGACAAUAUAUUGAAUAGAGAUAUACCUUGGCCCAAGGUACCGGAAGAGAUGAGCUAUGAAGCACAUGAUUUGGUAGACAAAUUGUUAAGAGAAAAUCCAGUUCAAAGACUAGGAGCAACAGGAGCGGGAGAGGUCAAGAGGCAUCCUCUUUUCAAGGACAUUAACUGGGAUACACUUGCAAGGCAAAAGGCUGCUUUCAUCCCAUCAACAGAAGCGCAUGAUACAAGUUAUUUUAUGAGCCGCUAUAUAUGGAACCUGGAGGAUGAGCAUGUUCAUGGAGGAAGUGACUUUGAUGACUUGACUGACACUUACAGCAGUGAUUCGCUCAGCAACAUACUGGAUGAAGAUGGGGACGAGUGUGGUAGUUUGGCAGACUUCAGUGCACCAACCCCUGCCGUGAAGUACUCAUUUAGUAAUUUCUCAUUUAAGAACCUGUCCCAGUUGGCUUCCAUCAAUUAUGAUCUGGUAGUCAAGAGCACAAAAGAAGCAGCAGAAGCCUCCAAACCAUCCAUGCCAUGAUUGUUCACCUGUUUCCUCAUGGCUUAACUUUCACCUUCAAUGCAAUCACUUUUUUAAAUGAUUUUUCAUGAAGGAAAUUUUCUGCCCCUUUAAAGUUCAAGAAUGUCCAAUGCAGCUUUUGUUGGAAGUACAGCACUUACUCUUCCUGAUGACAAAUCUGAUUGAUUUAAGUUAAAAAUGGAUCACUGCAGCCCCUGACGACUCUACCUAUUUCAAUGCCAUUGGAUCUUCCACAAGGAAAUGGCAAUUCAUUGUAGAAGGUUAAGUUUUUUUUCUUUUUCUUUUUCUUUUUCCUUUUCCCUCAUAUUUUAUGUUUCCCCUCACCUCCUUUUCUUUUGUGUACAUAUUGGUGUUCUCUUUUACUAGAUGAAAUUAUCACAAGCUUAUGCUAUAGCAUCAUAGUUUUUUCAAAG